CUCACUUUCAGAAGGAUCUGGUUAAUCGCCAAAAUGAGUAAACAAGCUGCUGACAUACCAGAACAAAAAGACUCGAGACGGGUCCCCAAACCUCUCAUGGAGAAAAGAAGGAGAGAUCGCAUUAAUCAAAGCCUAGAAACUCUGAGGAUGCUUUUAAUUGAGAAUACACAGGAUGAGAAACUCAAGAACCCUAAAGUCGAAAAGGCUGAAAUCCUGGAAAGUGUUGUGCACUUCUUAAGAGCUGACCAAGGCCUUGGGACUGACCCUUUUAAAAUCACCAGAGGAAAAAGAGCACGCACAGAGGAGUCUGAUGAAGACCUGAGUUCACCUAGCAAAUGUCAGAGCUACCAUGACGGAAUGAGGACAUGUCUGAUACGAGUCAGCAAUUUUAUUGCUAGCAAGAGCCAUGAGUUUGGACAGGGAAUGGAGAAAGCAUGUGGAAACCUUCACAAAUCACACUCAAAGCAAGCCCAGCUACUGUCCACACCAUCCUGCAGAGAAACUCAGGUGCAUCUCAAUGAGGACUCAUCACUGCCAGCACAGCAGCAUCUCACUUGUGUCCAACUGAGCAAUUCUUGCACACCAUCUGGCUGUGCGAAGCUAGCACAAAGAACUGUUCUGUCUGCUCCCACCAUGACUUCAAGUCCUAAGCAACCUGCAGUGCUCUGUGAUGCUGUCUGGAGACCUUGGUAGAAGAUCAUGUCCAAAGUCCCUGCAAAGCUCUCUAAAGACUGAAAAGGCCAGGUCUUCAGUGAUUAAUGAUUCAGCAGUGUUAGAGCAGCACUGGGUCAAUAGACUGUGAAGUGUGUAAAUAUGUGGAUUUUGUACAGUAGAAUGCCAAAGAUUUAUUUUGUUAUAAAAAAAGGCAUUGGGAGAUCUGUGCCUGUAUAGUGUGUUUGGUGAUCUUACAGCCAAACAAUCAAGAUACACAUUUGUGUUGAGAUGAAUCUUAGUUUCACUUUGAUGAAUUUUCUUUCAAUAUAUUUUUUUUUUUUACAAAAUCCAUUUUUGAUGGAGAAUCAUGUACUUAACAGGGUGAACAUUUCAAUGGUUUUUUGUCUUUGUUUUUUGAACUUGAGUACCAAGAAACUUUUCCGACCACAAGUUCAUGUAAUUUUUAUUUUUUCUUUGUGGUAAUUGCCAUAUAUUUGUGUUCUUCUAAAACAUUGAAAAAUGUUCAUGUCAUUCAAGAGAUUCAGUUUUAAGGCUUUUUAUUUGCUGUUAUUUUUCAUGUCAGCAAAACGUGAAAUGUUGUUCAUAAAGUAUGUUCUUAUACUUUGAACAAAGAAUUAAACCUCUCUUAGGAUUUA